UUCUGUCAUUCCGAUUCAAAGGGUAAUUAAACUUUGUGGUUAAUUUGAAUUGUGUCAGUAGAUGAACAUGUUAAAAAGUCAGCCUUGAUAGCAUAAUUAGUAUGAUAAUAUUAAUGAUGAGCACGUGAGUUCUUAUGUUCAAAGUAACACACAUUUUCAGCUUCAGUGAUGUGCGUUUUUUCCUUUUCUUUAAAUAAAGCAACAUUUGUACUUUGUGAACAUCAUUUACUGACCACGAGGGGGCAGAUUGUAUUCUGGCGCUCUUCAUUAAUUCCCUCAAGAACUUGAGGAGAAACUAGAGGAGCAGAACUUGAUGAGAUGAUCAGACUGAAGCUCUCGCUCAUCCGCAGCGCAUCAUUUCAUCAUCUAGAUCUGUUCAUCACACUCUCAUCAUGUUGACGCUUUUAUUUGCUCUUUCUCUAAUUGUUGCCUCAGUUCAGGCGGAUAAACGCGCGGUGGAGAUGAAGAUGAGCCUGAUGGAGCCUUCAUCAUCCUCAUCGCUGGAGCUCUCCGCGAGCGCGAACCCCUCAGCGGCCCAUCGCAGUGAUGAUGAAGAUGAUGAUGAAGCUGUGCGGAGCCUCGCGCAUCCUCACGCACCGCGAGUUCCGCGCGGGUCCAAAUCCAAACAGCGAGACCGACACGCGCGCCCUCAUCCCGACCCGGACGCGUUCUUCACCACACCGCGAACGUUCAACGGCUCGCUGCGCGUUCACAACCCGCUGUACCCGCUCACGGAGGAGUCGUACAGCGCGUACGCCGUCAUGCUGCUGUCGCUCAUCGUGUUCUCAGUGGGCAUUGUGGGUAACCUGGCGCUCAUGUGCAUCGUGUGGCACAAUUAUUACCUGAAGAGCACGUGGAACUGCGCGCUGGCCAGCCUGGCCUUCUGGGACUUCAUGGUCCUGUUCUUCUGCCUGCCUGUGGUGAUCCUCAACGAGCUGACCAAGAGAAGACUGAUGGGAGAUCUGUCCUGCAGGAUAGUGCCAUAUGUGGAGGUGACGUCUCUGGGCGUGACCACCUUCACUCUGUGCGCGCUCAGCAUCGAUCGCUUCCACGCGGUGACCAGCGUUCAGGCGCGGCCGCAGCAGGUCGAGUCCUGUCAGUCCAUCCUGGCCAAGCUGUCGGUCAUCUGGGUGGGAUCUCUGGUCCUGGCCGCCCCGGAGCUGCUGAUGUGGCGGCUGGAGCAGGAAGUGUCUCCGCGGACGGGUCUGCCGGUGGACUCGUGUAGCCAGCAGCCGUCCGCGGCGCUGCCCGAGACGCUGUACUCGCUGGUGCUGACGUACCACCAGUCCAGAAUGUGGUGGACCUUCGGGUGCUUCUUCUGCCUGCCGCUGCUGUUCACGGGCGCAUGUCAGCUGCUCACGCGGCACGUCGCCGACGAGAAACGGCCGUCCUCCGCGUCGUCCUCCGCGUCUUCGUCCCCGAAAAAGCAGCGACGAGAGCGUCAGCUGACCCGUACGGUGGUGGCGUUGGCGUCCAUAUACGCCGCGUGCAGUUUGCCGGAGAACGCCUGGAAUAUUGUGCUGGCGUAUGCGGGCGUGGAGGUGGGCGUGGCCACACGGGCUCUGCUGGCUCUCAUUGGUCAGUUCCUGUUGUUCGUGCGGGCGGGGGCGACGCCCGUCGUGCUGCUCUGCCUCUGUCGCGCUCUGGGCCAGGCGUUCAUGGACUGCUGCUGCUGCUGCUGCGAUGAGUGUCUGCCGGAUCCCUCAUCGUCCUCCACGUCCUCGUCUUCCUCCACCAACGCCACGGCCGUCUCCUCGUCCCUGUCCUCGCCCGUCUCCGUCCAGGAGGACAAGCUGAAGAUCGUGUCGGGAACGUCGCCCGCGGCGUUCUUUGAUAAAGUCAAGGAAAGUCCGCCCGAGCUGAUCAUCGGAACGCCAUGUUGAUCUUCAACGUUCUUCUGUUUUCAUAAAAACUGUGAAUGAAAUAUCGUCACUAACACUCUUAAAGGGACAGUUCACACGAAAAUCAUCAUUCUGUUCAGUUCGUCAUUUACUUGUUCCAAAUAUGUAUGAAUUUCCUCACAGUAGAUGAACAUGAAAUUAAUGCUUAAAAAAUGACUGAACUAUCCCGUUAAAAACAGCUGUCACUCACCGCUGGAUGAGGAGAGUUACACACAGGAAGUAGAGAAACCGUUUCCUGUUUCGUCAUUGAUUACGACCAAUCAGAAUCCAAUGUAAGCAUUGUUUCCGCCACUGAAAAAAAAAAAGGGGUAAUUGCGACUUUUUAUCUCACAGUUCUGACUUUUUUUUUUAGAAUUGCCUGAAAUAAACUCACAAUUGCGAGAGAUAAACUGGCAAUUGCAAGAAAAAAGUUUAUAUCUCACAAUUCUGACUUUAUAUCUCGCAAUUGUGAGAAAAAAAAAGUCACAAUCUUCUUUGAAUUUUUUUAUUCUGUUGCGGAAACAAGCUUUAAUAGAUUCCUUAUUACAACUAUUUGUUAUAAAUGAUCACAACUAGUUGAUUAGUUAAUUCAAUCUGUCAAUCCACUUUCUUUACUUCAGACCUACAUAAAAACUCUAACCAUUUCAUUGUAUUUUAAUAACUAAUGUUUUGUUUAUGCAUAAAUAUUAUACUGCUGGAUGGACAUUUAUGGCAAACUUGAAAACAUUCUAUUUUUAUGCACUUAAUUUGUCUUUAAAUUGCCUUGUGUUUUAGAAGUCAGUGUAUAAGAAUGAAAGUGUGGGUUGGAAAACCUUUUUAGAUCAACUUUUAUAAGCUAAAGUUCACGGCUGUGGCCUUGGGAAGAUGAAAUUCUGUGUUUUAGUGUCUCACACAUCAAAGACUGUCUGAUUCUCUGCUGGAACUGACUGAUCUGUGCCCGUCUGUACUCUCAGCAGAGGCAAAUGACUCUACGAACUAUAAGAAAAGACUGUUUUUGCAACUUUAACACGUUAGAAAUGAUUAUAAUAGCAAAUUGAACCGAUGUUGCUGAACAGAUUGUUAGCAUCAAAUCUUUUGUAUUUGUUUUUGUACUUGGUUGCAGCCAAUAAAAGUUUAAAAGAGUUUGAAUAUGUCGCAUAAACCUUAUGCAACAUUCUCUGUUUUAAACGA